AAAGCAAAACCCUAGGUUUACAACACCGUCGAGUGUUGAUCAUUCAUUCACUCAUCUCAUGGGUCACAUUGGUUCCAGUAAGGAUGGCAAAAGGAUGGAGAUAGACGACGACUAUGAUGAUAUCGACCUCGAUGAGUUUCCCAGCAAUGCCGAAAUGCUCGAAGAGUUGGGAAAAGAUAUGGUGAGUUAUUUCUGCAAGAAAGCGUCGAUGUUGUUCUUCGAUCAGUAUGGUCUCAUCAGUCAUCAAAUAAACUCGUACAAUCAGUUCAUCAGCACUGGCCUUCAGAGCGCUUUUGAUUCGUUCGGUGAUCUCAUUGUUACGCCUGGCUUUGAUCCUUCCAAAAAGGGUGAUCAUGAACACUAUCGUUAUGCUUCCGUCAGUUUCGGGAAGGUUACUCUUGAUCAACCCAAAUUCUGGGGCGGCGAAGGGAAUGCUCACGAGUUUAAGAUGCUUCCCAAACAUGCACGACUCCAGAGGAUGACUUAUUCUUCCAAAAUGAAAGUCAAACUUCAAGUUCAGGUUUACGUUCCAAAGAAGGUUCGAAGUGACAAGUUUAAGACUGGGAAAGAAGAAUACCUUGAUAGAGAUGUUCUCAAGGAAGAGGACAGAGAAAUAAUCAUUGGGAGACUGCCUGUCAUGGUCAAGUCUGAUAUAUGUUAUUUGAAAGGAGAUGAAAAAGGCGAUUGUGAAUUUGAUCAUGGAGGCUACUUUGUGAUCAAGGGUGCUGAGAAGGCUUUUAUUGCGCAGGAGCAAAUCUAUAUAAAGAGGCUCUGGGUUGUAAAUGAUCCAUCUUGGACAAUUAUGUACAAGUCACAGGCGAAGAGAAAUAGGUUGGUUAUUAAACUGGUAUCAAAUUACAUAUUUGAAGAAAUUAACAGUGGAGAGAAGGUCCUUACUGUAUAUUUUUUGGGUGUUGAGAUUCCUCUAUGGAUACUAUUUUUUGGCCUUGGUGUCUCAUCAGACAGAGAGAUUAUAGAUCUCAUUGAAUAUGGCAAUGUUGAUGUGAGAAUUCAAAAUAUUCUCUUUGCAUCCAUUCAAUAUGCUGAUGACAAAUGUGAAACCUUUCGUAAAGGGAAGAACGCACUUCGUUACAUAGAGGGUUAUGUAAAAGGUAUCCAAUUUCCACCUUCAGAGUCUAUUGAAGAGUGCCUUAGCAUGUAUCUCUUUCCCGGCAUUAAGGGCUUGAAUAGAAAGGCACGCUUCCUUGCAUAUAUGGUGAAGGGUCUCUUGUUGGCUUAUACUGGCCGCAGAAGAUGCGAUAACAGGGAUGAUUUUCGAAAUAAGAGGCUUGAAUUAGCUGGUGAGCUGCUUGAGCGUGAGCUAAAAGUUCACAUUGCACAUAUUCGGAAGCUAAUGUCAAAGGCUUUGCAGAGAGACCUUUAUGGAGAUCGUGAAGUACGGCCAAUUGAGCACUAUCUUGAUGCUUCCAUAAUUACAAAUGGUCUCCAAAGAGCCUUUUCUACUGGGCAAUGGUCCCAUCCAUAUAAAAGGUUAGAAAGGAUUUCUGGCGUGGUUGCAAAUCUUGGGCGAACAAAUCCUUUACAGACCAUGGCUGAAUUAAGAAGAACUAGGCAACAAGUUCAGUACACAGGAAAGGUUGGGGAUGCUAGAUACCCGCAUCCUUCUCACUGGGGCAAGGUUUGCUUCCUGUCUACCCCGGAUGGUGAAAAUUGUGGGCUAGUAAAAAAUUUGGCUGUCACAGGACUAGUAAGCACCAACAUAUCCGAGUCUAUAUUGCCUCAGUUGUUUGAUUGUGGAAUGGAAGAACUGCUUGAUGAUACUUCAACAUAUCUCGGCAACAAGGAUAAAGUCUUCCUAAAUGGGGAUUGGGUUGGAGUUUGUGCAGAUUCUUUUUCAUUUGUGGCAGACCUAAGAAGUAAAAGACGUAGAAAUGAAUUGCCUCAUGAGGUGGAAAUCAAAAGAGACCAAAGUCAACAAGAAGUGCGUAUAUACUCUGAUGCAGGAAGGAUUCUACGUCCGCUUUUGGUUGUUGGUAACCUACACAAGAUCAAAGGAUAUAAAUCAGAACAUUACUCUUUCCAGACCCUAUUGGAUAAUGGUGUGAUUGAGCUGAUUGGGCCUGAAGAAGAGGAAGACUGCUGUACUGCUUGGGGUGUUCAGUAUUUAUUUGCAAAUGAGGGAAAAUCUUCUGUAAAGUACACACACUGUGAACUUGAUAUGUCAUUCUUAUUGGGUUUAAGCUGUUCACUUGUACCAUUUGCCAAUCAUGACCAUGCAAGGAGGGUACUCUACCAGUCUCAGAAGCACUCCUCACAGGCUAUGGGCUUUUCUACAAUGAACCCAGACAUUAGAGUUGAUACUUUAUCUCACCAGUUAUAUUAUCCCCAAAAGCCCCUUUUUCGUACAAUGACUUCGGAUUGUCUUGGAAAACCAGGGUAUCCACUAGGUCAAAAUAGAGUGCUUCCAAAGGCCGAAUUCUAUAAUGGGCAGAAUGCAAUUGUAGCUGUCAAUGUACAUCUGGGAUACAAUCAAGAGGAUUCCCUAGUGAUGAACCUUGCUUCUUUGCAGCGCGGUAUGUUCAGAUCUGAGCACAUAAGGAGUUACAAAGCUGAAAUUGAAAAUAAGGAAUCUUCGGAGAAGAAGCGGAAACCUGAAGACAUUGUAAAUUUUGGAAAAGUACAAAGUAGAAUUGGCCGAGUUGAUAGCCUUGAUGAUGAAGGCUUUCCAUAUAUUGGUGCAAAUUUGCAAAGUGGUGAUAUUAUUAUUGGGAAGCAUGCUGAGUCAGGCGCAGACAAUAGUAUAAAGUUAAAACACACCGAAAGGGGUUAUGUUCAAAAAGUUGUGCUGUCUUCAAAUGAUGAGGGGAAGAAUUUUGGUGUUGUUUCGUUAAGACAGGUUCGAAGUCCACUUCUUGGAGACAAGUUCUCCAGUAUGCAUGGACAAAAGGGUGUUUUAGGAUUUCUGGAGUCUCAGGAAAAUUUUCCCUUCACAAGACAAGGAAUUGUUCCUGAUAUUGUCAUAAAUCCGCAUGCGUUUCCCUCACGACAAACUCCCGGUCAACUCCUAGAAGCUGCUUUAGGAAAGGGGAUUGCUUGUGGCGGUUUAUUGAGGCAUGCUACCCCUUUCUCCACUCCCUCUGUUGAUGACAUUAUGAACCAGCUUCACAGAGCUGGGUUUUCAAGAGGGGGAAAUGAGAGAGUAUACAAUGGGAGGACAGGUGAAAUGGUCCGUUCACUCAUAUUUAUGGGCCCUACAUUCUACCAGCGGCUAGUCCACAUGUCUGAGGACAAAGUAAAAUUCCGGAACACCGGUCCAGUUCACCCGCUGACCCGACAGCCUGUGGCAGACAGGAAGCGUUUUGGAGGUGUCAAGUUUGGUGAAAUGGAGCGUGAUUGCCUGAUAGCUCAUGGUGCAUCAGCCAACCUGUAUGAACGCCUCUUUACACUCAGUGACUGCUCUCAGAUACACAUUUGUAGUAAAUGCAAAAAUAUUGCUAAUGUGAUCUUACGGCCAGUGUCUGGUGGCCAUAAAAUACGAGGUCCCUAUUGCCGCUUCUGUGAAUCUGCUGAAGACAUUGUGGUGGCCAGUGUCCCUUAUGGAGCUAAAUUAUUGAGCCAGGAGCUUUUUAGUAUGGGCAUAAGUCUCAAAUUUGAUACUGAACUUUGUUAGACAAACACUCUUUCACAUCCUUUCUGGUUCAUUCCCCUAAACUUGUC